AUGGAAUUGGACAACGACAAGCCGCGCAAGAAGAAACGGCCGCACUGGAUUGUGAGAGGUCUCGGGCCGAGUUUUACUGCCUGCAUGGGUUUCGUAAUAAGCGUUCUGUACAUCACUUUCCCGUAAGUUUACAAGCUAAUGUGCUCUUAUAUUAUAGUGUCCCUAAAUGUCACAUUCAAUCAAAACCCAGAUCCACCUGUAGUUUUCUGCGAGGAUGACUUCACAGUUUACUUGAUACCCUGUCCUUGCCAGGUGCGCUUGGUUGGCUACUCAUGUUUCAGUAGCCUAUCCUGUGGCCUCUGCGAUGUUACUAACUGGGACCUUGGUAACUUUCCUUGUGUCAAGUUUCAUGGACCCUGGCAUUCUCCACCAAGGUAAUAUUAUCAUGUUAACAUAGUUAUAAUAGUGUUAUUAAAUAUACAUAGAUGACAUCUCUGGGAGCUUUGAUAUUCCUUUCAAGAGUUAUUCAUAAGUAAGCAACUAGGCUACUUCCUCUACCAAGAGGGUCUGUAUCAUUAUGGCACAGGUGGUACAGAUCUGCUAUCUUCAAUUGAUCACUCUGUUGUUGCAGAGAAUUUUCCUGUGCAGCAGGAAAUGCAAGCUUGUAAUGCAUUCGAGUUUUAAAAAGGCUUCUAAAGUUUGUAAUUCCCACUUUAACAUUUCAGACUCGAUUUGCCCUUGUAACAAUGUAGCCUCUGUCCCUCUCCUCGCCCCAACGAGGGCUUGAACCCUCGGCACACAUCCACAACAGUCACCCUCGAAGCAUCAUUACCCGUCGCUCCAUAAAAGCCGCAGCAAUGCAGAGCAAGGGAAACAACUACUUCAAGGUCUCAGAGCGAGUGACGUCAGCGAUUGAAAUGCCACUAGCACGCACCGCAAACUAGCCAGCCAUUUCACACCGGUUACACCCUAACAAAAAAAUUAUCAACCCCUACAUAAAUGUCCAUUAAUUAUAAUCCACCUAAUAAUUCACAUUUCCUGUUGCUGCAGGAUUAUUUUCAUUCUGUGAGAAACUGGUCAAAUUAAGACCCUACAUCUGUAUCUGAGCUGCAGAGUUGUUGAGUCAAGUCCUGCUCCAGCUUCUUUCUCUCUCACAUCCCUUCUUCCACCUCUCUCCUCCCUCCCUCCUCCUCGCCAUCGCCUCUCCCUACGAUCAUCUCUCCCCAUCUCCCCCUCUCCCUCCUCCUCUCCUUCUCUCCUCCCUCUCCCUCCUCUCUCCCCCAUCCCUCCUCUCUCUCUCUCCUCUCCUCAGACCCCCCAUGGCCAGGCACAGCAGAGGUGGCCUAUGUGAUAGUGAACGGUCAGAAGUAUGAAAUGGACUGGUGCAGCAGGUGUGAGCUCUACCUUCCCCCUGCGGCAUGGCACUGCCGUCGCUGCAAUGCCUGUGUGGACGUAGGUUUAUUGAAAUGAUGUGUACCUAACCUAUCAGACUGGAACCACAAUUCAGGAAAGACUCAUCAAAUUGGCUUUAUCUUUAACUACCUCCCCCUGUUCAUGAUCUUUAUCUACCUCCCCCGUUUCAUUAUCUACCUCCCCCUGUUCAUGACCUUUAUCUACCUCCCCCUGUUCAUGACCUUUAUCUACCUCCCCCUGUUCAUGACCUUUAUCUACCUCCCCCUGUUCAUGAUCUUUAUCUACCUCCCCCUGGUCAUUGACUCUUAUCUACCUCCCCCUGUUCAUGAUCUUUAUCUACCUCCCCUGUUCAUGAUCUUUAUCUACCUCCCCCUGUUCAUGAUCUUUAUCUACCUCCCCCUGUCAUGACCUUUAUCUACCCCCCUGUUCAUGAUCUUUAUCUACCUCCCCCUGUUCAUGAUCUUUAUCUACCUCCCCCUGUUCAUGAUCUUUAUCUACCUCCCCCUGUUCAUGAUCUUUAUCUACCUCCCCCUGUUCAUGAUCUUUAUCUACCUCCCCUGUUCAUGAUCUUUAUCUACCUCCCCUGUUCAUGAUUUUUAUCUAACCUCCCCUGUUCAUAUCUUUUUAUCUACUCCCCCUGUUCAUUAUCUUAUCUACCUCCCCUGUUCAUGACCUUUAUCUACCUCCCCUUUGUCAUGGACCUUUAUCUACCUCCCCUGUUCAUGAUCUUUAUCUACACUCCCCCUGUUCAUGACUUUUAUCUACCUCCCCCUGUUCAUGAUCUUUAUCUACCCUCCCCCUGUUCAUGAUCUUUUAUCUACCACUCUCCCCCUGUCAUGACCUUAUCUACCUCCCCUGUUCAUCAUCUUUAUCUACCUCCCCCUGUUCAUGACCUUUAUCUACCUCCCCCUGUUCAUGACCUUUAUCUACCUCCCCCUGUUCAUUAUGAUUAUCUACCUCCCCCUGUUCAUGACCUUUAUCUACCUCCCCUGUUCAUGACCUUUAUCUACCUCCCCCUGUUCAUGAUCUACCUCCCCCUGUUCAUGACCUUUAUCUACCUCCCCCUGUUCAUGACCUUUAUCUACCUCCCCCUGUUCAUGACCUUUAUCUACCUCCCCUGUUCAUGACCUUUAUCUACCUCCCCCUGUUCUUUAUCUCAUGUAGUGUCUCAGGCUUUAUGUGCUAUCAUCAGAUCUGUUUGCACAUGUUAUGUGUGUUUUUUGUGUGUGUGUGUGUGUGUGCGUGUGUGUGCGUGUGUGUGCGUCUAUGUUGUCUGUCUGGUUAUGUGGGUGUGUGUGUGUGUCUGUGUUACACAGCGGUUCGACCACCACUGUGAGUGGCUGAAUAACUGCGUGGGGAGACGUAACUACCGUGUGUUCCUGCUCUUCCUCCUGUUGCUGACGUCAUACCUGCUACUGGUCCUCUCCUCCUCUCAGCUCUACCUCUUCCUCACCCUCCUCAUCCUGCAGCAGCCCUUCAGCCUGCCCCACGCCACCACGUAUCCAAACUCACACACACACACACACACCUGGGUCACAGUCCCAAAGUGUACGCAUGCUAUUCUCUUUAAACCUUAACCUUAACUGGCCAGUGUGGUCGUCAUGGUUACCAGCCUGGCCUGUGUUCUCUUGGUCUUGGUGAUACUCAUCAGCCACAUCAAGCUGAUCUCCAAUGGAGAGCCAUCCUCUACUAUAGUGAGUCACUACACACUCUCCCCGUCGCACGUGCACGCACGCACGCACACACACACACACACACUUUAAUUGGAGCAUCAUUCGGUUAACUGAGGAUGUAUUAUAAUCUGGUGCCCCAUCUCUCCCUCUCUUUCUCUCUCCUCUAUAGGAGCCCUACUUUGAGCCUGAUGAUCAGAACCCGUUUGAUCAGGGCUGCUGGAAGAACUGGACCCACGUCCUCUGUUCUAAGACUGGACCCAGGUACACUACAUCACCUAAUACACUAAUACAAAACAGGUACAUCACUAAUACACUAAUACAAACAGGUACAUCACUAAUACACUAAUACAAACAGGUACAUCACUAGUACAAACAGGUACACCGCUUCUUUCAUUGUUAGUUCAUUCAAUUAAUAUGUCGACAACACACGUUUGAAAGGCAAUGUUCGGGGAGACCUCAUUCACUGUAAAUUACCUUUAAAUCGCGCAUUGUCCAAAUCCACGAUCAGAUUGAAUCCUGGAUUGAUAGUGAUAACCUGUUGUUGUUGUUGUUGUCCAGGUAUCUGGGGGCUGUGAAGCCCAGCAGAGGAGGAGACACUGAGGGGGACUGGAGCAGAGUAACCCCUCUCCAUCAAGAGGACCUGUGUUUGUACAGCUACGGCCAAGUCUCCUGUUGUAAUACCUGUAAACAUCACAAGGUGGCGGUAGGCCCAGCCAGCCGGGACCGUUUCAAGCACAACACGCUGAGUCUAGACAGUCUGAAGGAAGGGAGAGGGAGUCACUACUGCUACAGGAAAGUAGAACCAGCCGGCUGUGUGAUAACAGACAAACACAGCAACAAUAAAAAACCCUCACAGAGCUCUGCUGUGGAGAUCCCAGGUGAGGCACAGGUUCAGUACUAGGCAAGUCCUCUAGUGACUGACUGGUUUGGGUUCUUUCAUUCAGCUUCUGAUUUCUACCUGAGAAAACCGGUACCUGAGAAUUUAGACCUGAGAAUUCUUGUGUGUGCUAUGAAUGAUGAUGGAUUAUUGAACCUGUUGCCAGAGUAACCAAAACAUCAACAGAAAUGGUCUAAAUGUCACAACAUAUUUUCAUCAUAGAGUGGUAAUUCAAGUCCACUUGUAAAACUCUUUAAUUGAUUGUGAAUCAUCCUCACAGAUCUCUCCUUCAUUUCAGAUAUAGCGGCUUGCUGGUGAUGAGGACUUGGACCAGGAACGGGAUGAAGUUCCGAUCAGAGCGGCAAAGUAGCUUUACAUCCUGACCACCAGAGGGAGCUGUGUAGACCACCACAACAACACCAUAACCACCAGCCCCAGACCUGGACCACCUCAACACAACACCUGAAUUUACAGAGACAGAAACACACUAGGGACCCAUCUAUAGGGUUAAACACUAACCCAAGACAUCCGAGAGAGAGAAAAGACGGGGAGGGAGACAGAGAGAAACAGAGUGCAUGUGAGAGUGAGAGAGAGAGCGCACAAGAGCGAGAGACUGUGUGUGAGAGAGAAAUGAAAGAGUUUGGUCAUACAAAUCAAACUUUGUGUUUAAUUUGAAGAGGG